AAACACCCUGUACACAAUGCCCCUAUUGUAAUCUAACCUAACAUUUAUGAUGCUUAUAUUCCAUAAUUUCUACAAUUUCAAUAAAUUAAUUAAUUUUUCUCAUUAUGGAUUAAUUAGAAAAGUAACAGGAUGUAUAAAGAACGACAUUGCAUUCAUUUCGAGCAAAUACUCAACGAAAGCCGAAAAGUUACAUGUCAACGUAGGGACCAUUGGUCACGUCGAUCAUGGGAAAACUACCCUCACUGCGGCUAUAACGAAAGUGCUACAAAAAGAAGGUCUUACCAAAUAUAUGUCGUACGAUGAAAUUGAUAGAGCUCCGGAGGAAAAGGCACGAGGAAUAACGAUAAAUGCGGCCCAUAUUCAUUACAGUACUAAGAAACGUGAUUAUGCUCAUACCGAUUGCCCUGGUCAUGCCGAUUAUAUAAAAAACAUGAUAUCUGGAGCUUCACAAAUGGACGGUGCAAUUCUGGUUGUCGCCGCCACCGAUGGCCAAAUGCCACAGACACGCGAGCAUAUACUUUUGGCUAAACAAGUUGGUGUCAAAAAAAUUAUCGUUUAUAUUAAUAAAGCGGAUAAAGUGGAUAAUGAGGUACUUGAACUGGUCGAGAUAGAGAUGCGCGAGUUAUUAACAGACUUUGGGUAUGAUGGUGAAAACACGCCCAUGAUUAAUGGUUCGGCUUUAAAAGCACUGGAGGGUGAUACUUCUAAUAUAGGUGAACCUUCAAUACAGAACCUCUUAAACACGCUGGAUGAAUAUUUAUCCCCACCGCAACGAGAUGUACAUUCACCAUUUAUGCUUCCAAUUGACAAUACUUUUACAGUUCCCGGACGUGGUACUGUAGUAGUGGGGACGCUAUUAAAAGGAACAAUACGUAAAAAUGAUGAUUCAGAAUUGCUGGGUUUUGAUACAAAAUUAAAAACUAGCGUAGGCGAUAUACAGGUGUUUAAAAAAAGUGUUUCAAAGGCUUCUGCUGGUGAAAAUAUAGGGGUACUUUUACGAGGUGUUAAAAUUAAAAAUGUAGAACGAGGAAUGUUAUUAUGCGCUUAUGGUAGCGAGGUUAUGAGUAAUCGUUUCAAAGCAAACAUUUACUUCCUAUCGCGCAGUGAGGGAGGUCGUGCAAAGCCAAUUAAAUCAAAGUAUACACAGCCGUUGUUUAGUAAAACAUGGAAUGUCCCUGCUAGGAUCGACUUAGGCGAUAAUGUUGAAAUGGUUAUGCCUGGAGAGCACGCAGAUGUGUACAUUACCUUGAUGUGGAAAAUGGUUAUGUUAAAUGGGCAACCUUUUACAGUUCGGGAGAAUAAUGUCACAGUAGCUACUGGAAUUAUUACAGAAACUUUACCAGAAAUUCACAUUAAAACAAAUUUAGCGAAAUUAGUUAUAUAAUAAAAAAUAUGUAUGAGUA